AUGAUGGUCUUUGGAGGGAAGAUAUCCGCAGACAUCAUUCCAACUGAUUGUGAUGAUGGCGGCAUGUACCUUUUUAAUCUGAACGAAUGGCAUUGGGAACUGCAGUACUCCUCAAACCCUCAGAAGUAUGAGGUCCCACUAGCGAUACGGUCUACGUUCGGCAGCAAUGGUACAAAUCUAGAACCAGAGAUAGGAUUUGAGGAUGCUCACGUUGCAGCGCUCAUGAGAAAUGAGUCCAUGCUCGAUACGGGUUAUAUAGACACAGAUAGUCUUCCACAUCGAAAUAAAACAACCACUCCCACAGAAACCCCCAAGACCUCUAACAUACCUCAUAUAUCAAACCACACAAACACAAAUACAAGCACCGCCGCACUAGCAGGUGCCAUCAUUGCCGGAGUAUUGGCCACAAUAUCAUUGAUUGGUGGAUUCUACUGGUACUUUCAUCGCAGCCCGCCAAGUCUUCCUAGGAAAGAUGACCUUGCUGAGCUAGAUGGAAGCCCCAUUCCGGAGACCUGCAGCAAAUUCUAUUACAGUCAAGCAGUAGAACUACCGACAACAAGAUUCUCAGAUUCACACCAACCGUAUCAAUUGAACUCGCCAGAACCAGUUGAGAUGCUUGCGCCCUCUAUUCAGCAACACACAAUUACUGGCCCCCCACCUCCUCCUCAUAAUUGUAUGCAUUGCCCGCAUAAUGAGUAUUAUGUGAACAUUGCAUUAGAAGAUGUACCGCCUACACCCCCGCCAAAAUAG